GUCGCGAUGGCUCGUACCAAGCAAACCGCUCGUAAAUCUACUGGUGGCAAAGCUCCCAGGAAGCAGCUUGCCACCAAGGCUGCACGCAAAAGUGCCCCGGCUACAGGCGGCGUGAAGAAACCUCACCGUUACAGGCCCGGCACGGUGGCUCUGAGAGAGAUCCGCCGCUACCAGAAAUCCACGGAGCUGCUGAUCCGCAAGCUGCCGUUCCAGCGCCUGGUGCGAGAAAUCGCCCAGGACUUCAAGACUGAUCUGCGUUUCCAGAGCUCCGCUGUCAUGGCUCUGCAGGAGGCUAGCGAGGCUUACCUGGUUGGCCUGUUUGAAGACACCAACUUGUGCGCUAUUCACGCCAAGAGGGUGACCAUUAUGCCCAAAGACAUCCAGCUGGCCCGUCGUAUUCGCGGAGAGCGCGCUUGA